UUUAUAAUUUGCGGUCUCUCUCUAUAUAUCCAGAAGCAGAAACCAGAGGAAGAGGGUUUAACUUGAAAACCAUCCAUUUCUGUCGACCUCAUCCACUUCACUUGCAGCAGGUACUGCAGUGCGCCUCUCUGAUAUCUGCGCUCACCACCAUCAAGUUUCGAAAUUGCAGGACGUGGUGAACAAUUUGAAGGCUGAUACACGGGAUGCAGGGAAGGUGUUUGUUAAAUGUUCUGGAAGAUUGUUCGGCUCCUGGCAAACCAUCCUCACUUUGUCAUUACCUUGAUGACUGCUGAUAGAAAAGCUGAACAAUCAUUAGGGUCGGUGUUUCUGCAUCUAGUUUCCCAAGUCAAUUAAUGAUGGAGUUUCAAUUGUUUGAAGAGGAGUACCAAUUUCCAGAUUUCCAGGUUUAAAAAAUUUUAAGGUAAAAAAAACCAAACCAACAAAACCGAAUCGAAAAGAAUUGAAAGAUAAACAGAACCGAACUGAACAGUAAUAGCAAAAAUCCAAGCCUCCAUUGUCACAAAAAUAGCCUUAUUAGAUAGCCUUUUCUAUAACCUCACAAAAUAAAACCUCUCUUGAACCCAUACAAUGUUACUCAGAAACCGCCUCCUAACCCUGCAAAUCACUUCCUUCUUAUCACCGCUUCCUUCCCCACCUAUCAAAACCCGACCUUCCACCCUCUCCUUCCGAACUCUCCUCUCAAACCCAACUCAUCCGAGCCAAAACCCAAACCCAAAACGCAAUGUCCUAGCUCCAAAAGCCACGGCUAACUCAACAAUCCUGGACAAGAACGUCCUGUUCAUGUCGCCUGGGGUCGACCCGGCCGAGGAGGUGACUGAAAAUAUGGUCCUACCCGGUUCGAACAUCGUGCUCGGACCCUAUGCCGGCGAUGCCAAGAUUAAGGAGGUGGAGUUCGUGAAAAGCAGUGCCAGAGCUAAGGAUUGCCCAAAACAUGAUCGACCCGAAUUCGCUAUUCUGGGUCGAUCCAAUGUGGGCAAGUCCUCACUCAUUAAUUCCUUGGUUCGCAAGAAGGAUGUUGCUCUUACAUCUAAGAAACCAGGGAAGACUAAGCUCAUCAAUCAUUUCUUGGUCAACAAAAGUUGGUACUUUGUGGAUUUGCCUGGUUAUGGGUUUGCUAAAGCUCCAGAUGCUGCUCGAAUGGAUUGGUCUGCAUUCACAAAAGGUUUCUUUUUGAGCAGAGAUACUCUUGUUACCGUCCUACUCCUUGUUGAUGCUAGUGUUCCACCUCAGAAAAUCGACCUAGACUGCGCUAAUUGGCUUGGACGUAACAAUAUACCCAUGACUUUUGUCUUCACCAAGUGUGACAAAAUGAGGGCGGGCAAAGGUAAAAGGGCAGAUGAGAACCUCAGUGAUUUUCAACAGUUUAUCAAAGACAACUACCGCGUACCUCCUCCGUGGAUCAUGACUAGCAGUGUAACUGGCUUGGGCAGGGAUGAACUUUUGCUCCACAUGUCGCAACUUAGAAACUACUGGGACCAAUAGCUCUGCACGACCAUAAUAUUGGCCGAUUUGUCCUCAACUUCAGAAGGAACAUGAAGAACAAGGAACUUCCGCUCGGCUGCUCAUAGUUUUUUUACUUUUUGUGCUAUUAGUCUUGUUACUGGUUACCAUAAACGCUUGGAAGAAUUCCCCGGCUAAAAGUAAUUCAGAUUUGUAAUUUUGGCCGUGGAAACUGGAAAGAUGUAUUGUUCUUUGCGUAUAUAUAGAUGGAUAAUGUUCUCAGAUUAUGCAGAGACGCAUAUUCAGUUUCA